AUAGCAGCGUGAGCGUGAAUGCCGUGCCGUGCCGAGGCAAGUGUGUGUGGAAGAGGUGGGGUCUUGGUACGUUGAGCGAGCUUGACUUGACUAGACGCGGGACUGUGAGGAGGCAAUGCUUGCCCUUGCGUUAUGCUUGCCCUUGCGUUGCCCCAAGUUGUGCAAACGCUUGGGAAAGCCAUUUGCGGAUGCGACUGCGGGAUGCUUGCUUGCGUAGGGGCAUUCUUGAGCACGUACAGCAAAGCAGCUGGCUAUGCGCGUUCGCAUCCAACUCGUGCUCUGGCUGGCUGGCUGGCUGGCUGGUGCUUUGCUGUGCUUUGCUGUGCGCUGCGCUCGGCGCGUUGGACGCCGAAAAGGGACUUACUUGGACUUGGGCAGGCCUUGAAAGAUGUUCGGAGCGGGUUAGAUGGAGCGACGUUAACCAUGCACCCGUCCGCACACACAUUGUAUGAUUCGGGUUCAAGUUUCUCUUGAUCACGGGAGACCUUUCCCGCUCACAAAUUUCUCGUCGAGAAGGAGGAACUCCGCACGGCGCGGCCGAUUUGCCGGAUGUGCUGUGGAGCUUUUGAAGGUGCACGGCGAACACGCGCACGGACCCUUUGCAUGGAGCCGCGGACCGGGGGGGUUUCGUG